CUGAUAAGCUUAGACAGAAACUGGAAGAACUGGAGAAAGAGAAAAAAUCUUUAAAAUUUCAGCUUCCUUCAAGGCAUCCUUUAAUUAGCAGUUUUUUGGAUAAGUUUGUUACCCAAGUUCAAGCAGCAUUCCACUGGGCUGCCAAUGAUCGGGUUAGACAUGAAGAAACCCGGCUUUGGCAUGAAAAUGAACAUAAACUUUUGACAUCCGCUUACCAGGAGAGGAUGCAUGUUUCAGCCACAAAACGAAACGAGCUUUUUCAACAAAAGAAAUGGUUGCAGAAAGAAACUGAAGACCUCCGAGCAAGACUGGCCAUAUUGGAAGCAAAAGAUCAGCAACUAAGAAGAGAAAUUGAAGAACAAGAUAGGCUUAUUCAGUCACAGGACUGUGAACUGACUACUUCACUUGGCUGCAUUUCUUUGAGAGAACUACAGGAGAUAAGCAAGGCUGUGGAUGACACUUUAGCAUCCUCCUAUCAAAUUCCAUUCAGUCUGGAUCUUCCAGGGACAAUAAAGAG